UGAAGUUUGCUUUUUCCAUUAAUAAACUUUAUCGUUGUUAGUUCCAUAAUUUCGAUACUAUACUUCGGAUUUUUGUAUCCCGUGUGGCGAUCUACAAGUUGAAUUUCACCGUUCAGUAGUAGGCUAAGGGAACUGACGUGAUGGACAGUGUGAAUACAGCCUGACGUGGCGCUUCCGUGGCUGAUAGCCAGUGUGAAUUUUUCUACUUUUUUCCUCUAGUGAAAAACACAGCUAGGGGCCGUCAACCAUUUAUAUCUUUGCUACCGACUGCAUAUACAUAAUCUUUAGCGCAUAGUGAUGGUAUGUCAGCACUCAGCAUAGAAAUGUUUGGUUAUGUUUACGGAGGACGGAAACUGUUUGUUGCGUAGAAUAAACCGCGGAGUCUAACGUUCAGACAUGGUAUGAUUAAAAGGACACAUCAUCAUUUAGUAGUGUUAUGUACAAGAUACGAUAAUCGCGCCAAAAAAACUGAAUUUGUGGCUUGUCAAAUGAAUGUUCUUCCCGUGCUUGAAACUAGGAAAGUACUGUUAAAUCAUCUUGCAGCGAAAGUAUGGCCUUUAUGUCAUUCUAAAUCAUUAGGCAGAGAAAUUGCAUCUCGUAUAGCUUUCAGCUUAACAGAUAACGAAAUUUUGCACCUUCUCGAAAAUGAAAGACAUCUUGAAGAAGCCGUUGGAAGGUCACUGACAGCCGUCUGUCCAGAAGACAAGAAACACGUACUCGGAGAAAAACUGUUUGCUGCUGUUGCAAGUGUAGAAACUGAACUAUGUGCACAAGUCACAGGGAUGCUUCUAGAGCUAGAUUUCAAAACCGUAGAGUUUCUCCUUAAUGAGCCAGAUGCCUUGUCAGCAGCUGUAAAGAAAGCAAGGAAUGAAUAUUUGCUGUACACUCAGAGCACAGGACCAGUUAAUGAUGAUAAUAAAAGUGAUGAAAUAGGAGAAGCCUUAUAUGAUCUGGUAAUCAAGGACUACCCAGAUGAAGAGCUGGCAGCACGCUUAACAGGGAUGAUACUUGAGCUUGAUGUUAAAUAUGUGAGACAACUUGUUAGAAAUCCUGAUGAUUUAAGAGAGAAGCUCUUGGUGGCACAUAAAGCUUUGGAAAAUGCAGAAGAAAGUAUAACUGCUUAGGGUGCACAAUGGCAUCACCAGAACAUCAGGAACUGGCUCUUUUUAUUAAAUCAGUACAUCAUUCUCUCAGAAGGCAAUGCAAAAAAUUAGGUCAUGAACAAGCAUGGAAGUACCACUGUAAUCAGAAGAAUAUUUUAAAAAAAUAUGCAUCAGUUAUGCAUACACUAGCUACCAAAUUUUGGGAGCAGUCAAAUGACCCACUUGUGAAUGGUUCCAGUAAUAGGAUCCAAUGGGUUGUUACGAUGUGCAUGAACUAUUUUCUGAAUGGUGGCAGGGUGGAAGAACUUAUCAAAGAGGUUAAAAAACAAAGUUAUUGUACAGAAAAUACAUCAAAAUCAUCAUUAAUAUGCGAAAACUCUAUUUUCAAUGUUUCACCUGAAAAAAGCAUGGAGAAACUGAAGUUAUUGGAUGUAGGAAGCUGUUAUAACCCAUUUAGUCAGUUCUCAGUGUUUCAAGUUGUCCCUAUUGAUCUGGCACCGGCCACCCCUGAUGUAUGGGAAUGUGACUUCUUGAAUGCAAAGAUUUCUGAUUACGGUCACAACUCUCUAACAGUUCAACAAAUCUUAACUCAAGGAGAAAUACCAGCAAAUUUUUUUGAUGUUGUCGUUUUCUCCUUAUUCUUAGAAUACAUACCUUGUCCACAGGAGAGAUAUAAAUGUUGUCAGAAAGCAUACACAGCACUUCGACCUGAAGGCCUGCUCUUUAUUAUUACACCAGAUUCAAGGCAUGCAACAGCAAAUGCACCUAUAAUGAAACAUUGGAGAAUUGUUUUGGGCAAAAUGGGGUUUCAUAGAAUAUAUUAUGAAAAACUGACCCAUUUGCACUGUAUGGCCUAUAGAAAAAGCAUUGAUCACAAUAUUCCACUGAAGUGGGCUCAGAAAGUUGCAGUGAAACUGCCAGAUUCUCUUCCUGUUGAAGAUAAUGUCUUGUACAUUCCUCAAGACAAUAACUCUUAUGAAUCUGAAGAAAGUGAUAAUUCUAAUGAGACUCUUCCUCAGUUAGAGAGAAAUGACCAAGACAAUGCACUAACGGCAGAAAUUUUUUCAGAAUUGCCAAGUUAUGAAACUUAGAAUUCUGAAAUUUUAAUAGUGACUGUAAAUGGAAGAUUAAAGAAUGAAGAGUUUGAAUAUUUUUGUCUCAGUAGUUUUACAUUUGUAAGCAAUAUGGAAGGCUGGAAUGUGUGCCUCCCAUUUUGUUCUUUCUGAAAUUGUGUUGUAUAAAUACAAUAGUUUCAUUAAUAGUAUGAAUGUCUCAGGCAUAUUUUGUGUCUUUAUAUUAAAGCAUAUUGUUUCAGAGUUCAUAAAAAUAGUUUUUGAAGUGAUAAUUUUAUUCUUUUAAAAACAUGUUGUUAUAUACAAAGACUUAUUAAAAAAUGUUUGCCAUAAUGAUGAGCUUUCCAUAUCAUUUGACUGUAAGAAAGACUGCUGUUGAUGCUUCUUCCAUACAUCUACAAACUAAACAAGAGGUAAUCAAAAAGUGAUGGAAAUAUUUGUUUUCAUAAAGAAUCUUUAUUUAUUCAUCAAAAUCAACUUUGUCCCCUUCAGUGAGGAGAACCUUCACAUGUCAUUUGAUCUUGUCAAAUUUUUUCGGUCUCGGCUCUUCAGGGGCAGUUUCCAUUGGGACAAUUGGGCCUUGGUUUAGACAUCAUACCCAUGUUUUAUCACCUGUUAUAAUCUUCUUUAGAAGUUGUGGAUCGUUGUCUAUGUUGUUCAUAAAUCCCCGGCAAUGUCUAUGUGACAUUGCUUUUAGUCAAAAAUCAAUAAUUUUGGAACAAACUUUUGCUACACUUUAUUCCAUUUUUCAUGCAAAAGUUAAUGCAAAUUGUUUGAUCCGUCUUAAAAUUUGCCAAGUAUUCGAAAACACAUGUUGACUGUCAACAAUUAAUUAAAUAUUCAAAACAGAUGAAAAUGCAAACACGUCAGGAACAAAAUUGGAUGUAUAAAGCCCAAAAACAAAAAUUUCCCAUUACUUUUCGAUCACACCUCCUACAAGGGCUCAUGCAAAUUUCUUUUAAGAGCUACUGUAUUGGAUGAACUGCUAAACAUAAAUACAGCAACAACUAAAAAAAAAAAUAGCUAUUAUUUGUUAUGACACAAUGUUAUUACAGGUGUUCACUGAUAUUAGUGAAAACUGCAAUGCCAAGGAGGAUACAAGCUUAAUACCACAAGAAAUUAUACAAAUUAUCAUGAUUACAAAACUGUACAUGAUUUGUUGUUGAGAAUUAAAUUCAUGUCUCACAAUCAGAA